CCUCGUAAAGCUCAAACUCUUCCAAGUUGAAGGAAUGGGCGGCCUUCCAGUGGUCCUGCUCCUCUGCAGUUUCCACGCGCUCACAGCUGUAGCCCAAGACCAGCAGACCGAGAGUCCUGAUGCACUUGGGAGCCUUUUGCCGGACAACUGUAGGGAGGAGGUGUAUCUUUGCACCAGGAUGUACUCGGUCCACCGGCCCAUCAAGAGAUGUAUUGGCGCUCUUUGUCUCUACAGCCUUUCUCGUGUCUACGUGAUCAACAACGAAGUGUGUAGGAGGACUGUGUGCGAGCAGGACGAGCAUCGCAAAGCUGAACUGUGCAGAGAGUUGUCCGGGUGGCCCAGGCGUGUAGAGAGGUCAUCUCAUAGGAAACGCUGUCGCAAUCGCCAUAGCAACCCCAAAACCUGGGCAAACACGGCCUGAUGGGGCCCAGGAUGGAGCUGUGACCACCUGGGAGGAUGGAGCCUCUCUUAGAGACACAAACCAGGGACGUCGUCAUAAAAACAGCCCAGAACACCGUAAAUCCUCCACUCGACACCUCGGCCGUCUUUCUCCUUCACACGUGUGCCGAGUCACAUCUAUGUUCAUGUAUUAACCUUCUGUGUCUGAAUAUGGAAGCUCAUUUCAGUUGUGUGUUUUUAAUAUAUCUAUCGUUUACAUAAAUCCAUUUAAGGUGCUGCAGUAAUGGGCCGAGAGCAGCACCGAGUCCUUUCAUUGUACAAGAACGACCCGAUGCGUGUACUCCAUAAACAAUCCAGUAUUAUAUGCACAAAUGUAACCACAGAAAACACAUCUUUUCAUUAGUUAUUUGUUUAUUGAUUUGUUAUUUUUCCACUCUGUUCAUUCAGGAGAAGAAACAAAUUAAAGUGAUGGUCACUGAG